AUGCCGCAGCUGUCCGCGUGGCCCCCGAGCGGCACGGGCACGGCGCAGCAGCCCAUGACGGUGGAGGAGCUGGAGAUGCGGCUGAACGCGCAAGUCGGGCUGGGGGGGGGUGUUUCCGUGGGGGACCUCGAGCCCACGGAGGCGGAGAAGGCGCGCAUGCGCAAGACGUACGAGGACGUCCGCGCGAUCGUGCUCAAGGCGUUCCCGCACGGCCGCCUCGAGGUGUUCGGGUCCGCAGCCACUCCUCUCAUGGUGCGCAACAGCAACGAUAUCGACAUGACUCUGCUCAUGGACGACCUAAUGCAGCUCCCGGACGACCCGGAGUCGGAUCCCGAGGACGACGCGUCCACGGACGCCAACCCUCCGGCUCCGGACGGGCAGAAGCCGGGGGGGACGUCCGACGCACCCCCGGGGGGGUCGCGCGUCGUCGUGGUGCCAGUGGGCGGCAAGAGCCCCCCCGGGCCGGGCCGCGGCGCGGCGCAGACAGACGGCGGCCCCGAAGGCGCGACGCCGGCGCGGAAGCGGCGGCCGCCGAAGCGUGGGCAGCGGACGAAGGCGCACGCCAAGGUGGUCGAGGAGGUGGCCGCGGUGAUCCGGGAGGCGGGGAUGGAGGGCGUGGAGGCGAUCACGACGUCGCGGAUUCCGCUGCUGAAGUUCAAGCACCGCGAGACGCGCGUGUCGUGCGACAUCACCAUCAACAAUUUACUGGCGCUAUACAACACCCGCAUGCUCGCGGACUACUGCCGGAUCGACGACAGGCUGCGGAGAAUCACGAUGAUCAUCAAGCACUGGGCGAAGCAGCGCGCGAUCAACGAGGCGUACCGCGGCACGCUGUCGUCGUACUGCUACGCCGUCAUGGCAAUACACCUCCUGCAGACGCAGGACCCCCCCAUCCUGCCGUGCCUGCAAGACCCGCGGAGGAACUUCCCGGAACGGAUCGUGAACGGGUACAACACAGGGUACGACGAGGCGGCGGUGGACAGUCUCACGAACUUCGGGCAGCAGAACCAAAUGGGGUUGGGGCUCCUGCUGUGGAACUUCUUCCUGUACUGGCACGUCAGACACGACUACCUGUCUGACGUGGUGUCCAUCCGCACGCCGGGCGGGUUCGUCAGCAAGGAGCAGAAAGGCUGGACGAAGCGGCAGGGGCUGGACCGGCACUUGAUAUGCAUUGAGGAUCCGUUCAACGUGGACCACGACCUCGGGCGCGUGGUCGACAAGGAUUCGAUGAAGAUCCUCGGGAAGGAGUUUCGCGUGGCGGUGGAGACGCUGCGGUACAACGGCGAUCACCCGCUCGACACGCUCUUCUUCCGGUUCGCGGGGAACAAGCUCUCGCGCGAGCAGCAGAAGGCCACGAUGGGCGGGCGGAGACGGCAGGGCGGCGGCGAGCAGCAGCAGGGCAACGGCGCGCCCGUGCGGCGCGUCGCUUGA